UUACACAUGUAUAGCUUGAUGGAUUUCAAUUGUGGGCCACGUUUGGGAUAAAGAAAAGGAGAGGGCUUAGCCCAUGGAAAUUCCGCCAAGGAACUGGAUUCAGUGCCAAACCCUAGUUCUCCCCUCUGCCGGGGCUGUCUCACUACUGCCCUUGCUCCGCUCCAAUUGGAUUCUCCUUCCUCUCCAACGGCUUUGGCCUGGCGAGGCGAGGGAUUGGUUGAGAAUUAAGCAAGCGGUACGGUACGGAGAGGAAGAAAGGAGACAAGGACGCCGCAAGCAUCUCCCGAUUGAGAGGGUUAUUCAUGCCCUCGUGAAUUACAGGUGGACCAAAGGAGUUUUGGAGUUGAGGUGCUACGUGGUGAAUGGAGAAUUCCAAGUGAACAAAUGGGUGUAGAGGUUAUAUUUUACGAGAUGGAUGAGAGCAAGAGAAUUCUGAUGGAUGGAUUGAAAUAUCAGACCACUAAUGGUAGGAAGCAUGGUUUCUUGUCGGACCAAUCUAAGUCGUUUCAUCAACGAGGUGAGUGUAAAGGGGGUAAAUUCUACGUCUUACGUAUUCUUUUAAGUAUUAUGAUUUUACGUAUUUUAGCGAGUUGGUUACCGUUGCUUGAUUAUGUUUAUGAUUGAUUAUUUGUGCUUUGCUUGAGCUAUGAUUUGAGGUGAUUUUGUUUGAGCUAUGUUUGAUGUGAAUGUGCAUGAGUUCUUAGUUAAUUUGCAGCUUUCCGUUUAUAAGUUAUUGUUAAAGUUAGAAACAAGUUCUUUUUAAAGAAGUAACUCACCUUAAAUAGGGUGAAGUCGUUUUAAGUGUUUUUAGUCACUAGCGUCAGUCCGUUGCCAUUUGAGAUUUUUCAGAUAGAGCAGAAGUUAUGCUCUUGAGAUCUUUGAGACAGAGCAGCAGUUAUGCUCUUGAGACUUUUAAGAUGAGCAGCAGUUAUGCUCUUGAGAAUCGUGGUGAAGAGCCACCACGAUAAGUUUAAGAUGUUAGGGGGAUGAAUCGUUACGACUUCCCUAACUAAGUUUAAGUUUAAGGAAAGCCUUGAUGGCUUCUCAUACGUAUGAGUUGGCAACUGGACUAGCUAGUGAGGGAUCCCCGUGUCGGUCAAGUAUUUAAGUCAAGCUUUGAGAUUUAAGAGUAGAGUAACAGUAACUCCCAUACAGUUUUAAGAGUUAAGCUUUUUAAUAGUGGAAGUACAAAACAACUUCCACUCGGUUAAGUAAAGUGAUCAAGUAUUAAUAAGAGGUUUAAACGUAAGGGCGUAGACUGACCCCAUCUCACUCACCAGUUUGAAGAGCUAGAAGAGCAUUUAGUGAGCAGCGAAUUCGAGGGCAGGCAGCUAGAGAAGGGCAGUACCAGCGUCACAGAGGAUGUCUAGUCAGAGUUUCACCCAAGCAGCAGCACUUGAGACUAAUUAGUUAUUAUGUUUUAUGAUUAUGAGUAUAGACUGGAGAUCAAGUUGAGUUUUUUUUUUAAAAGUUUGAGUUAAGUUGCCCACGUGUUAGGGCAUUUCUAUGAACUACAAGAGUGUGUUUUCAGUAUUUUAUUUAUGAAAAUUUUUCUCGCUGCAAUUUAAGAUUUGAGUACUUUAUUUGUCAAUGGCAUUUUAGUAAAAGUAGUACCCGGCC